UCGUAAUAUUUUGACUUUAUUCUUGAAAAAUUACUGCCAAUUUUUUCCAAUUUUUAUUGUUGUUUUUAUUAGUUUUAUUGUUAAAUUACAUAUUUAGAAUCUCAAUAAAACAACGGGCCAAUAAAACAACAGCCGCAGGCCACAAAUAAUAAUAAUAAUACAUUUUAUUCGUUGGAGCCUUUCAAAACACCAAAGGUCACCUGACAUGCAAUCAAAUAAUCCCAAUAGAGCAUCCACAAUAAAAUAAUUCAACAGAAAUGGCUCCCAGGCCGCACUUUGGACACCGGUGUUAACAAAUUGAGAGUUUUAUAUCUCCGUCCUUAUGACGAGAGCUGCCGACCCACCUGGAAAGUGUCCUCCCGUCUCCUGCCUGGACCACUGGAAGAAGAGCUGCCUCAUUCAUCUCUGCUUGCACCGACUACUGCACAGACAAACAGGCACACGUUAGUUUGCGUGCGCAUGGUGGCCAACAUGCUGGACGUGAACGGCAAGCUUGAAAGAAGCCAACAUGAAGAUGCUGUCGAUGCACGCUUGUUAUUCCUAAAAAUAGACAAGCAGAAUCCCUGGAUGGAAAAAACAAAUCUCAUGCAAGGAAUGCAUUAAUCUUACGUUUGCUAUUCCACCAACCGAGAGCUCCUUUUUAUUUCUUUGUCUGAGGCGCUUUCUUCUCUGUGUCAAAUAUUUCUUCCCAGCCUCUCUUUGUCUCUCUCUGUAGUUUUUGUGUUAUAUUUAUCCCUCUCUCUCCCCAUGCCUUCACUCUCUCACUCUCUUCAAGAGAGUUAAUAACAGUACUGUACUCCACCCAGUAACCAGUGAUGACAGAGUGCACUUUUUAUCCUUCACUCCGAAACACUCAUUGCUGUUGGCGUGUCCAGUUCUCUCUUUCAGUACAUCUCUUUAUUUGUAUUUCUCUUUUUCCUCCCCAUUUUCAGUUGUCCUCCCAGUAGCACAACACUCUACCUUAGCAGCUCUGUCUCAGCAUGUUUGCUGCUUAGAAACAUCUCAGGUAUUUUGUGGAUGUCGCCAGUAACCCGCCACUCCCCCCUGCCUGAUUGACUUUGACGCAGGCAAGAGCGACUUGUACUGUAAAUGUGCAGUGUGCAUUUGCUAGGAAGAAUGUAUAAUGCUUUGUCAUAUGAUAGUCAUUAACCAAACGAGGACCACACAUAGUAUUAGUUUGGUAGUUGCACGUUUCAAUGCUUUGAUGAUAAAUCACACAAAGUAGACAAAAAGUUCUACAUUGUGUCAGUAGAGGAAGUCGGAAUAUCAGUCCAAAAUAAGAUACCAACAUACAAUGGAUAGAUAGAUAAGAACUUGCUUCCUUUUACUGACUCACGUUCUUAUGAGUCACUCAGUGAAGUGAAUCGGGUACUCAAGUCACCCCGUCAGAGUGCAUGCACAGCAGGUUCGGUUGCCAAGCUGUAGAGUCUAGUGAAGCUCGAGUCUUCGUCAAGCACCGUGAGUCAGUGAAACUUGAGUCAUCGUUGAGCACCCGUGAGUCAGUGACGCUCAAGUCUUCAUCGAGCACCCAUUAGUCUGUGAAAUUCCGUUAUUUGUCAGGCACUCGUGAGUUAGUGAAACUCAGCUCAUCCUCGAGCACGCAUGACUCAGUGAAACCCGAGUCUUCGUCGAGCGCCAAGUCAACGACUUAACAGAGACAAGAAUUCGUGAGUCCCGAGUCAGUAAAUGAACUUGUUGAUGACUCGCACAUCUCUACGAGCUGAACGGCUCCAGUCUUAACAAGUUUAAAGCCUGCAGUAAAAUGGGCGUACUGCGUUUGCUUUUAUAAAUCACAGGCAUGUGUACAAAAUAGUUGUGUAAUGGAAGUCUUUCAGAAAUGUAUCGCUGCCAUUAUAACAUACAACUAAAUGAGUCGUGAGUGUGUUAAUUACGGCACAUGGGGGACAAUGAAUGCAGGGUAAGUUGUCAAAUUAAAGCUCUUUACUGUGAGGUUAGCCUGUGAAAAAGAAACUAAGGUACACGGUGACACACCUAGGGUCUCCUUUUACUGCCUUCCUCGAUGUCACACCCAUCUUUCUUUGUUUCUAAAAAUAUCCAAUUGUACCUCGCUUAUCACCUGACAUGGCAUCAACUUCCUUUCAUUUCAAAGUAGAAUACAGCACACGUGUUUGGAAGCGAAAAUAGGACAGUUCUGAAAACUACAAGAAUAAUAAGUUUGCUGUUGUUCAAUGUUUAUGUAUUACUUUGGUACUUUAGUGAAGGUAUGUAAUGUAAUGCGGUACAAAGAUUCAGUCCUACCUGACGAGCACUUCUAUCUCCCAACAGGUGGAUAUGAUUGACUUUACGAAUGAGGUCUUCUACCGUGUGUGUGUGUGUGUGCGUGUGCGUCGUGAGUGAGUGAGUGAGUGAGUAUGCGUGUGUUGACAGGUACAGAGUGCAGUGCAUGUGGAAUAAGAGGAUCUCAGGUAUCUCAAUGCAGCAGCUGGUUAAUUAUUGGAGGAGGAGGAGGAUGAAGGGAACGAGGGUUGGGCCGACUUGCAUUUUGUGCCAGGUGAGAACUGAUAUUGUCCUGAAACGUACCUGUGUUCUACUGAUGAUUACUAAAGAACGGAAAAAAGAAUACAAACCUGGGUCCUGGAGCCAGGAUGAAGAUUUCACUCUUCAAGAUCCUCCCUCUGUUGCUUUUGGUCACCUUGAGUAAUGGGAUACAGAGAGCACCGCGUAUCGUUACAUUGUUGGAGACAGUGGACGUACUACUGGAUCACAAUGCAACCUUCAUCUGUGAGGUUGAAUCCCGACCCUCUGCUGACAUCACAUGGACCAAGAAUAACCAACCAAUUAUGUACUAUGACCCUCGCUACCUGACUAGAGAGCAGGGACAGAUGCUAAUCAUCCCCCACGUAAGAGAGACAGACAACGGAGAGUACUGCUGUCUCGCCAGUAACGGCAUUGGCGAGCCAGCCAAGAGCUGUGGAGCGCUGCAGUUAAAAAUGAAGCCACAGAUCAAGCGUCAUCCAACUAAUGUAACCCUCCUGGUUGAGUCCAAAGCAGUGUUGCCGUGUGUUACUCUGGGAAACCCUAAACCAGACAUCACUUGGCUCAAAGAUGAUGAGCUUCUUAAGGUCAGUGACCGGGUCACCAUUCUUGACUACGGCGCACUGAAGAUCAACAACAUUCAGAAGGAAGAUGCAGGCCAGUAUCGCUGUGUGGCCAGAAAUAGCUUUGGUUUGGCAUUUUCUAAGCCUGUCACCAUUGAAGUACAGGCUCCAGCACGAAUCCUCAGAGUUCCCAAGGAGAAGAGAGUAGCGUACGGCAGCCAAAUAUCUCUGGAGUGCAAUGCCACUGGAAACCCGAUCCCCACCAUCACCUGGCUGGAAAAUGGAAAUACUAUUUCAGGCGCAUCAGUGGAUGAGACCAUAGUGGGAGAGGUGAUCCUGUCCGUUCUGAAGGUGACAGUGAAUAAACCGGCCCUGUACACGUGCUUGGCCUCCAACAGACACAGCGCGGGAGCUAACACCGUCAAAGCCACCGCGAGAGUCACCGUCGAAGAAUGGAGGCUCUACAAGGGCGUUGCAGGCUUCUGCAGUGCAUAUCGCGGGGAUGUGUGCCGCUCAGUUUUACGAGAAGAUUCACUGGUGUUCUUCAAUACCUCGGUUUCUGACCCCGAAGACAUGCAAGAGUACCUCGUUCAGAGCUGGUGGACCGAGUUAGAAGGACUCAGUAUGCUGUGUGGCCCGGCAGUGCGUUCACUUUUGUGCCAUACCUCCUUCCCUGACUGUAACCCAUCUGGGCUGGGGCCUGCACCCAAACCUGUCUGCAGGGAGCAUUGCCUCGCAGUGAAGGAGCUGUACUGUCACAAAGAGUGGUUGAUGCUGGAAGGCAGCAUGUCCGUCCGACCUGGCCUGUUCGGUUCUGUCACAGACUCGCAUGCUCCCAGCUUGCUGUUGCCCAAAUGUCAAGCUUUACCCAGUCUCCAUUCAGACCCUGAUGCUUGCACUCAUGUCCCUUUUGUCGAUAUCAAGACAGAUGAAGUGACAACGACAUGUUACAAUGGUAGAGGGCGCUUUUACCAGGGUAAUAACAAUGUGACGAGGUCUGGGAUACCGUGUCAGCCGUGGAACCAACAGGUUCCCCAUCAGCACCGCCUGUCUGUGGAUGCCAUUCCGGAGUUAAGAAACUCAGAGAAUCACUGCAGGAACCCAGGAGGAAUCAGCGACAAGCCAUGGUGUUACACCUCCAAUCCCAAUAUACGCUGGGAGUACUGUGCUGUGCAGCAGUGUGGGCAGGCAGGUACAGGAUCAGGCUUUGCAUCCGUGCUUAAGCCAGAACCACCAGGCCCUCGUGAACCACCGCGUCUCCCUCCCAUGACGGCAUCAUCUCCAGCGUACUCCAUGUCUGUCAUUGUUAUUGUCCUGGCUGGGCUCGCCACUGCCGCCAUCCUCAGCAUCAUAGUCCUCGCAUGCCGCCGCCGGAGGAAACAGUGGAGACAACACAAGCGAGCAAUGGAGACCCCGACUAUGACUGCUCUUCCUUCAGAGCUCCUACUGGACCGUCUGCACCCCAACCCCAUGUACCAGCGGGUUCCCUUGCUUCUGAACUCCAAGCUGCUUGCGCUAGAAUAUCCCAGGAAUAAUAUCCAAUAUGUUCGAGAUAUUGGAGAAGGAGCCUUUGGCCGAGUCUUCCAAGCAAGAGCACCAGGCUUGCUGCCGAUAGAGCCUUUCACAAUGGUGGCGGUCAAGAUGCUCAAGGAGGAGGCAUCAGCUGACAUGCAGAAUGAUUUCCAGCGAGAGGCGGCCCUCAUGGCUGAAUUUGACCACACCAACAUUGUUCGACUCCUUGGUGUAUGCGCAGUGGGCAAGCCCAUGUGCUUGAUGUUUGAGUACAUGGCCCACGGCGACCUGAAUGAGUUCCUGCGUCGUCGCUCUCCGACACGAUCCGUGCGAACCCUCAGCCGCGCGAGCCUGUCUGGUCGCAGCUUUUCCUCGGAGAUGGAAGCGGGAGCCCUCUCUUGCACUGAGCAGCUGUCAGUGUCCAAGCAGAUUGCAGCCGGCAUGGCAUACUUGUCCGAGCGCAAAUUUGUUCACCGAGACCUUGCGACGAGAAACUGCCUGGUCGGGGAGGAAAUGGUGGUGAAGAUUGCAGACUUCGGCCUCUCCAGAAACAUAUACUCAGCCGACUAUUACAAAGCCAAUGAGAACGAUGCCAUACCCAUUCGCUGGAUGCCCCCGGAGUCGAUUUUCUACAACCGCUACACCACAGAAUCGGAUGUUUGGGCGUAUGGCGUGGUGCUAUGGGAGAUCUUCUCCCACGGCAUGCAGCCGUACUACGGUAUGGGUCACGAGGAAGUCAUUUACUAUGUGAGGGACGGUCAUAUCCUUUCCUGCCCGGAAAACUGCCCUCUGGAGCUGUAUAAUCUCAUGAGGCUUUGUUGGAGCACACACCCAUCAGAUCGGCCGAGCUUCAGCAGUAUUCAUCGGAUUCUGGAGCGGAUGCAUCAAAACACGAUGAACACGAAUGCUGAGAUUGAGGCAGACUGUUAAUACGGGAACUUAAUAUGGAUUUGCUAGCAAGAUACUGAGCCUCAGCAUACGUAGAAUACGUACAUGUAUGGAAGAAUAUACAUACUUAAGUUACAGACACCCACCACCUUUCAUAUUUUACCACUGUCUACGUGGAUGCAUUAUGAGGGGGAUAAAACCUGCACAAAAAUAGGUGCCUUGAGGAGAAACAGCAAGUGCAAGUGCUCUGACAUCUCACAUUCACGCCGAUGGACAAUUUAGAGUCUCCAGUUAAGCCAACAUGCAUGUUUUUGGGAUGUGGAAAAAAAUCACGCAUGCAUAGGAAGAACAUGCAAACUCCACGUAUGAGAUGUUCCAACGUCGAUCCAAGCCGACUGUGAGAACUAGUUUUAGACACUUCUAGCCAGCACAGAUUCACUUUAACGCACGCUCCUGUUGUUGUUUUCAUGUGACUAUAAUUCCAUUUUGUGGCAUUUUUCUUCUUCUUUUUGUCCUACUGCUGGGGUUCAACCUCGUGAACAAGACUUUAAAUGACGUAUAGGACCUCACCGCUCAGACUGCAGUAGCUCGAAUACAUGUGGGAUUUAUCCACAUACCAACGAGGCCUGAGUCGCGUUGGAAAAAAAUUGGAAUUGUACUGUUCACAUUGACGUAAAAAAGUCAGAUUCAGGUCACUUGUGAGCAAUCGGAAUUGGCCUGCAGCGUCAGCGUAGCCUCGGGCAAGGGAAACUGGGACUUUUGUGUGACAUUUUUUAUUUUGUUUUGUUUCUGUGUUUCACACAUGCAAGGCUACUACUACUACUAAUAAUAAUAAUAUCGAGGGAAAGGCUUCUUGA